AUGUGGAAGCUGAAGGUUUCAGAAGGUGAGAAAGAUUCCUCGGGUUACCUUUACAGCACAAACAAUUUCGUUGGAAGGCAAACAUGGGAGUUUGAUCCCGACGCAGGAACUGCUGAAGAGCGAGCUGAGGUUGAAGCGGCUCGUCUGCAUUUCCACAACAACCGCCAUGAGGUUAAGCCCAGUGGUGACCUUCUCUGGAGAAUGCAGUUCCUAAGGGAGAAGAAAUUCAAACAGACAAUUCCUCCAGUAAAAGUUGAAGAUGGCGAGGUUAUCACACAUGAAAAAACCACGGAUGCUCUGAGAAGGUCUGUCCACUUCUUGUCAGCCUUGCAGGCAAGCGAUGGCCAUUGGCCUGCGGAAAAUGCCGGCCCUUUGUUUUUCCUUCCUCCUUUGGUCAUGGUUAUGCACAUUACGGGGCAUCUUAAGAGUGUAUUCUCCGAGGAGCAUCGUAAAGAAAUUCUGCGUUACAUAUACUAUCAUCAGAAUGAAGAUGGUGGUUGGGGACUACAUAUCGAAGGUCGAAAAAGCACCAUGUUCAGCACAGCUCUCAGCUACAUUUUUAUGCGUAUUCUCGGAGAAGGACCUGAUGAUGGUGGCCAAGACAAUGCUUGUCCAAGAGCAAGAAAGUGGAUUCUUGAUCAUGGUGGUGUCACACACAUACCCUCUUGGGGAAAGACUUGGCUUUCGAUACUUGGUUUGUUUGAUUGGUCUGGAAGCAACCCUAUGCCCCCAGAGUUUUGGAUUCUUCCUUCAUUUUUUCCAAUGCAUCCAGCAAAAAUUUGGUGCUAUUGUAGGAUGACUUACAUGCCAAUGUCAUACCUAUAUGGAAAAAGAUUUGUUGGCCCAAUAACACCUCUGAUUAUUCAAUUGAGAGAAGAACUUUUUACUCAACCAUACGGUGAAAUCAACUGGAAGAAAGCACGUCAUCUAUGUGCCAAGGAGGAUAUCUACUACCCUCAUCCUUGGAUACAGGAUCUCCUUUGGGAUAGCCUCUACAUUUUCACAGAGCCUCUUCUUACUCGUUGGCCCUUCAACAAGCUGAUCAGAGAAAAGGCUCUUCAAGUGACGAUGAGCCAUAUCCAUUACGAAGAUGAGAACAGUCGAUACAUUACCAUGGGGUGUGUCGAAAAGGUGUUAUGUAUGCUCGCCUGUUGGGUUGAAGAUCCAAAUGGGGACUAUUUCAAGAAGCAUCUCGCGAGGAUCCGAGAUUAUUUAUGGGUUGCUGAAGAUGGGAUGAAGAUGCAAGGUUUUGGCAGUCAGCAGUGGGAUACUAGUUUGGCUAUUCAAGCUUUGCUUGCUAGUAAUCUCACGGAUGAAAUCGGACCGACGCUUGCUAGAGGACAUGACUACAUAAAGGAAUCUCAGGUCAAGGAGAACCCAUCUGGGGACUUCAAAAGCAUGUACCGCCACAUUUCUAAAGGAUCGUGGACUUUCUCCGAUCAAGAUCAUGGAUGGCAAAUUUCUGAUGGCACUGCAGAAGGUUUAAAGUGUUGCCUUCUAUUGUCGAUGAUGCCAUCGGAGAUAGUUGGUGAAAAAAUGGAACCCGAGUGCUUGUAUGAUUCUGUCAAUCUUCUACUUUCCCUACAGAGCAUGAAUGGUGGUUUUCCACCCUGGGAACCAGCAAGGGGAGCAGAGUGGUUAGAACUGUUAAAUCCAGCAGAAUUCUUGGCUGACAUUAUGAUUGAGCAUGAACAUGGUGAGUGCACUUCAUCUGUAAUCCAGGCGUUAGUUAUGUUUAAGAAGCUACACCCUGAGCACAGGAAGGAAGAGAUUGAAGAUUCCAUCUCCAUUGCUUUACACUACCUUGAAAAUAUACAAAUGUCGGAUGGUUCAUGGUAUCGAGAUUGGGGAGUUUGCUUCACAUACGGUACCUGGUUUGCGCUAAGCGGAUUGGCAGCUGCUGGGAAGACUUUUAGCACUUGUGCAGCCAUGCGCAAUGGGGUUAGCUUUUUGCUUAAGGUCCAGAGAGAGAAUGGUGGUUGGGGAGAGAGCUAUCUUUCAUGCCCACAAGAGACGUACGUUCAUCUCGAAGGAAACCGAUCCAAUCUAGUACAGACUGCUUGGGCUAUGAUGGGUCUCAUUAGUGCAGGUCAGGCAGAAAGAGACCCGGCACCUCUUCAUCGUGCUGCAAAGUUUAUAAUCAAUUCUCAACUGGAAAAUGGUGAUUUUCCCCAGCAGGAAAUCACCGGAGUCUUCAAGAAGAACUGCAUGAUGCAUUUUGCAGCAUAUAGAAACAUAUACCCAAUGUGGGCUCUUGCAGAAUAUCGCAAUCGGGUUCCCUUGCCUUCCGAGGGCUGA